ACUGCCCUGCCCACCACUUUCCCUUCUCCCUCCUUAUAUACCCCCGGCACCGCGCGGCCCCCUUAUCUCCCUCCUGUGCCUCCUUUUGUUGCCCUCCCCUCUUGCAUCAUCCUUGUUCAUCUCGUCUCUCCCCCUCCUUCCCUCCAGCCGCCCAGCGCAGCGUUCUCGAUCGAUCGAUCGAUCCGUGUGUUCUUCCUGUGUAUCGCCUAGCUAGCCAGCUAAUUAAUUGUUGAUUCUUCUUCAAUUCUUCGCCUGCUGCCAAUUAAUUUAUUCCACGCUCGCGAUUGCAGCAGUGGCUUUAGUUAAUUAGUAUAGGAAGCUGAGUAAGAGACGGUGCAGGAUUAUUGGAAGGAAUAGAGACAGGGAGCUUAGCAUCAGGCAAGCUGUUGUUGAUUGGGUGAUCGAUCGAUCGAGGAUGUGUACGAGGGGCCACUGGAGACCGUCAGAGGACGAGAAGCUGAAAGAGCUCGUUGCGCUGUACGGGCCGCACAACUGGAACGCCAUCGCCGAGAAGCUUCAAGGGAGAUCAGGUAAAAGCUGCAGGCUGAGGUGGUUCAAUCAGCUGGACCCGAGGAUCAACCGGAGCCCCUUCUCGGAGGAAGAGGAGGAGCUGCUCCUCGCCUCCCACCGCGUCCACGGCAACCGGUGGGCCGUCAUCGCCAGGCUCUUCCCGGGGCGCACCGACAACGCCGUCAAGAACCACUGGCAUGUGAUCAUGGCGCGGCGGUGCAGGGAGCGGAUGAGGCUCUCAAACAGGCGUGGCGGCGGCGCUGCAGGUGCGGCUGUCGCCGGCGCCGGUGCUGUGGAAGAUGACAAUAACCCUAGGAACGCCAAGAAGCCGAGGCCUGAUGCGAGCAGCAUGGCCUCCUUGCUAGACAAGUACCGAAGAGAAUUUUCCGUCGUCCCGUUUGCCAUUAACCAUAAUAGCAACCAGCAGGACUAUUGUUCAACUACUAACGAAGCCGACACAAACAAAUCAGUUGAAUUCUAUGAUUUUCUCCAAGUGAAUGCGAACUCGAGCGACACCAAGUGUGGUUCGAGCAUUGAAGAGCAAGAGGAGAACCGGGAUGAUCAAGCUGAAGGGCAGGUGCAGUUCAUAGAUUUCCUGGAGGUUGGGGCUUCUCAUCGCCAGUGAUUUAUCUAUUCUAUAUAUUUAACUAGGGAUGCAUCCAAAGCAGGUUGUAAUGCUUUGUGAAAGAGGCAUGCUGCAAAUAGCAAUCUAACACCAAACGUACUUAUAGAGGAAGGAAAAUGCACCGUACAUAUGACAUGUAAUUUAUUGAUGUAUACAUAUCUGUCCAUAUAUCCACUGUUGGGGGUACAUAUAUAUGCAAAAUUAUUCUGAGAUAAAUGAGAAAUUAAUUAUUAUCUCA